CUCGACCUUCCUGUUUGACUUCUUCCGGCCCUGCGCUGCGUGGGAAGAACCCUGGGCGACACUCCAGUCCCACAAUGGUGACGGUACAAACUGGGAUGCGAUGGGGGCGCGGUCUGGGGAGCGGCGGGAGCCUGCCGUGGCAGAGUGCGGCUCCCUCCCCGCGUCCGAGGGCCUCCUGGUCCGUGCUGCUCUGCCCGGUGCUUGCCCAUCUCUGGGUCCUCGCGUUCUGUCUUCCCGUGGUGAUCCCGCCGGCCUGGAAGGCAGUCUGAGGCAGCCCCACCCCGCAGCUCCUUGUCCGCCCGUGCGGGAGGUUUGCGGGGAGGCCCGGAUGCAGGAGGCAGUGACCUUUGAGGAUGUGGCUGUGAACUUCACCGUGGAGGAGUGGAUUUUGCUGGAUUCAUCCCAAAAGAAGCUCUACAGAGAUGUGAUGUCAGAGAUAUUUAAGAACUUGGCUGCUAUAGAACAAAACUGGAAUGACCAGCAAAUUGAAAAUGAGUGCAAACAUUGGAGGAGAAAUCUAAGAAGUGAAGAGAGAGAGAAAUGCUGUCAGUAUAAAUUACAGUAUCAACAUGAAGAACUGUUUUUUGGGACUCCAGAUCAUAAUGUGAAUAUGAGACCACUUUUUACAGAACCAACUGAAAGUAUUACUUGUAGAAAUCCCCUGAUUCUACCUUCAUCACUAAAUGUGCCUUUCCUAACUCAUACUGCACUUACAUCAUAUGAAGAUCAGAAAUGUGAACAGAAGUUGUCUAACAAACAUGAACAUUUUCAGUCCUGCGGAGAUUUCCAGUCCCUUCAGAAGGAGGCAAGAACAAACCCUAGAGAGAAACCCUAUGAAAUUAAGCAAUGUGAAAAAUCCUUCUCUGAUUGCACUAAAGAAACUCAGAUCGGAGAGAAGCCCUCUGUGUGUAGGCAAGAUGCUAAAGCCUUUAGUACAACAAGUUAUUUUCAAAUUCAUGAAAAUAAUCACAGUGAAGGGAACGUCUCUGUAUGUAUACAAAGUAGAAAAGCUUUUAACUCUCACCACAGUGUUCCAAUACAUGAAAGGGUUCACACCAGAGAAGGACCCCAUGUAUGUAAACAGUGUGGGAAAACCUUCACUAAUCUUUUUUCUCUUUGUAGACAUGAAAGAACCCACAAAGAGGAGAAACAUUACGUAUGUAAGCAAUGCGGAAAAGCUUUCACUGAUAAAAGUUCAUUUUGUAGACAUAAAACAAGUCACACUGGAGAGAAACCCUAUGUAUGUAAACAGUGUGGAAAAGCUUUCAGCACACACAGUUAUUGUCAAAAACAUGAAAAAAUUCACAAAGGUGAGAAACCCUAUGUAUGUAAGCAAUGUGGGAAAGCUUUCAGCACACAGAGUAAUUGUCAAACUCAUGAAAGAAUUCACACGGGGGAGAAACCCUAUGCAUGUAAGCAGUGUGGGAGAGCUUUCAGGCAACACAUUCAGUGUCAAGUACAUGAAAGAACUCACACGGGGGAGAAACCCUACGCAUGUAAGCAGUGUGGGAAAGCUUUCAGUAGAAAUAGGUAUUGCCAAAUCCAUGAAAGAACUCACACUGUUCAGAAACCCUAUGUAUGCAGACAGUGUGGGAAAGCAUUCACUUACGAUAGUUCACUUUACAAACAUAAAAGAAUUCACACUGGAGAGAGACUCUAUGUAUGUAAGCAGUGUGGGAAAGCUUUUACCUGUCACAGUCAUUGUGAGACACAUGAAAGAACUCACACUGGAGAAAAACCCUAUGUAUGUAAGCAAUGUGGGAAAACAUUUCUUUAUUACAGUUCAUUUUGUAAGCAUAACAGAAUCCACACUGGGGAGAAGCCCUAUGUAUGUAAACAGUGUGGAAAAGCCUUCACUUAUGGCAGUUCGUUGUGUAAACAUAAAAUAAUCCACACUGGAGAGAAACCCUAUGUAUGCAAACAGUGCGGGAAAGCUUUCAGCAGUCAUAACCACUGUCAAACACAUGAGAGAGCUCACACUGGAGAGAAACCCUACGUAUGUAAUCUGUGUGGGAAAGCGUUCCCUUAUCACAGUUCAUUUCGUAAACAUAAAAGAAUGCAUACUGGGGAGAAACCCUACAUAUGUAAACAAUGUGGGAAGGCAUUUGCUUAUGAUAGUUCAUUUUACAAACACAAAAGAACUCACACGGGUGAGAAACCCUAUGUAUGUAAGCAAUGUGGGAAAGCUUUCAGCACACACAGUCAGUGUCAAAGCCAUUAUAGGACUCACACUGGGGAGAAACCGUAUGUAUGUAAACAGUGUGGAAAAGCGUUCACCUAUGACAGUUCACUCUGUAAUCAUAGAAGAACUCACACUGGAAAGAAACCCUAUGUAUGUAAGCAGUGUGGGAAAGCUUUCACCAGUCAUAGUAAUUGUCAAACACACGAAAGAUCUCACACUGGAGAGAAACCUUAUUUAUGUAAACAGUGUGGGAAAGCAUUUCCUUAUUAUAGUUCAUUUUACAUACAUAAAAGAAUUCACACUGGGGAGAAACCAUAUGUAUGUAAGCAUUGUGGGAAAGCUUUCUCGUACUACACUUCGUUUUAUAAACAUAAAAGAAUUCACACGGGAGUGAAACCCUAUGUAUGUAAGCAAUGUGGGAAAGUCUUCAGUACACAUCGAUAUUGUCAAAUACAUGAAAAAAGCCACACUGUGGAGCAACAUGUAUGCAAGUAAUGUGAAAAAGCCUUCAGUUAUUUCAGUAAUCAUCAUAGACUUAAAAACUCACAAAGGAAAAUUAACUGUGACUAUCUGAUGUGGCUUACACUGACAUGAAAGGACUCAGUGAGGGGAAGCUAUCAGGAAUAUGAACAAUCUUCAGUGCACACAACUCUGAUUACAUACAUGGAAGAAUUCAUAGCUGAGAAAAUGUGAACCUGUGUGAGCUAUACGAAAAAUGUAUUUUUCCCAAUGCAUUCAGAUACAUGAAUUUAUGUGGGAAAGAAGCCAUGUGUGAUACCCUUGGGGAAAACUCUUCCAUUUUCCCACUUAGAAAUGCAUGGAACUCACAUUGGAGAGAAACCCUAUUAGAAAAUGUGAGAAAGCAUUUUGUUUCCCAUAACCUCAGAAAAAAGUGGACCACUUAGUAAGCGUAAAUCUGAAAUGUGAGAAAAGUCAUUUUUACAUGACUUUUCGUGCAAACACAAUAUCAUAUUAUGGAGAAACAUAUCAAUCAAUAUAUAUAUUUUUGGAACACCUCUAGUCAUUUUCAUUUUGUUUACAUUUUAAAAGAAUACUAUUUUGAGAAAACACCAAUAUAAGGAAAGUACACAAGUCGUAAGUUGUCCUAUAUGUGAGAAAGAUUGCAACAAAUUCAUGUGAAUGUAUAAAAAUCUCAGUAAUAACUCACUUUUUACACAUUCCUCGAACAGUUAUCAUGUAGUACAAACUUAUCCAAGUAAGUAAUAUGAAAAUGUCAUGGUCAUUAUUUCCGUGCAGGGUGCUCCAGAAAAUAUACAACCAGAGCAGUUAUUCUAAAGUAUAAAUAUAGUGUACUCAUCUGUAACUGACUUUUAAAGUAGAUCUCUGGGUUACGUGUUUGUAAGUUUACUUUUAGGAACAAAUAUGGUGACAAUUCUUUCUGUGAAAGCAAUAAUGCUGGGGGGUUUCAUAUUGUUUUUUAAAUCAAAUUAGGUGAUGUUUAUUUUACAUCAUGACAGAUGUACAGGUAUAUUAAAAUGUAUGCUUAAUAUUGUAGGUUUACUUUUGUUUUUAGUAACUGAUGUAACGAAGCACUAAAAACUGAAUUUUUGAUAGUGUAAUUUUUCCACUAUCUUCUAUUUAAUUGGAUGUUAUAUUUUAUAAUAAUGUUUUAUAUUUUAAAAAUUUCUUUAUAUCUGUUUCAGAAAGUUCAACACUUUUCAAACAACUUACAGAUUAGCAAUAUUAUGUUUUUUUUCCUCUCGUUGAAUUUAUUGGUACAUUUUAGGUAUACAGAACAGUUACAUUC